AUGGCUGCCCGAGCGGAGGUCCGGACGGAGCGCCUCGCCCUCGAGGCGGACCCGGAGCUGGCGGGCACCGCGGAGCCCGAGGACGAGGAAGAGGAUGGGGAGGAGGACGAGGAGGCGGCGGCCGCCCGGAGAGCGCGGCGAUUCGCCCGAGACCCCCGGGUCAGCUUCCUGGGCGGUCGCCUGUGCCAAGUGCUCCGGCUCCCCGAGGAAAAGUGGAGCCAGUGCUUGGAGAGCGAGGACAACCGACAGAUCCUGGGGGGCUUUCUGGAAAGCACGAGCCCCGACUGCUUGGUGUUCGGUGUCCCAACUGCAGGGCAGCUGGUGGCCUUCCCGGAGAUUCCAAGAGAUGCCAAACAUAAGCUUGUUUAUCUCAUCAAGAAGACGGCCGAGAGCACUGGAGAGAAGGAUUUCUCCCGAACAGUUUUGUUUGGAGAACUGCCUGUGUUGUCUCUCACUCACAUAACUACUUUCCUAGAUGAGAUAUUAGUGCCAAUUCUUUCUAAUAAGAAAAAUCACAAAUCCUGGUCAUGCUUUACUUCUCAAGAUAUGGAACGCCAUGUCGAAGCCUUGAAAAACAAGAUACAUGUUUUUAGAGGCAAAAUGUCUAGAAGAACUCUUCUACCAAUUCCUACCAUUGCGGAAAGCAUUGACCUGGAACAGGACUAUUCAGAGAACAGGUUGCAGUCAGAUGAGAGGAAAAUUAUCCAUGCAAUUGAAUCCGUGGUGAUUAAGUGGUCACAUCAAAUCCAAGAAAUCAUGGCAAAAGCUUUGGUGCAGCCUUUGCUCAAUGGCCAUCGCCUGACUCCUGAGGCCGAGCUGGACUUCUGGGCCGUGAGGAGGGAAAACCUGGAAUGCACUUACCGCCAACUUCAGGCUCCUGUUGUCCUCAAGAUGGCUCAGAUACUGCAAACUAGGCAGAGCAGUUACUUUCCUACUCUGAAGGAGAUCUUCAUGGCUGUGGACUACGGUAAGACCCCAGUCCCUGACCCUGGCUUCACCAUCACGGUUUGCCCAUGAUCCAGCCCCUCUUGACUGUCCAUCCUUGAUGUCUACAUCACUGCACUUGGUUCUUCCAGCUGUAUCUCUCCCCCUCUACUUGACUCUCCAGCUA